AUGAUGCUAGAAACCGUCACCGGCAGCUUUGCAUCCUUCAUCUGUAAUGUCUGCCCUGAUCACCUCUCGGAUGUGGUUCGUCAUCGAAGCAAACGGAUGAUCCUUGACAGCAUUGGCGUGGGGCUGGUGGGCAGCACGACCCAUGUAUUUGAUAUUGCCCUGCAGUAUUGUCAGGAAAUGUAUUCCUCCUCCUCCUCCAGCCUUGUUAGUUCUGUCUAUGGAAGGCAGGAACUGAAGCUGUCUCCUCCUCUGGCAGCAUUUGUUAAUGGUGUGGCGGUUCACUCGAUGGACUUUGAUGACACCUGGCAUCCAGCCACUCAUCCUUCGGGAGCCAUCCUGCCUGCUCUCCUGGCAGCCUCCCAGACAGUACCUGCUGCUUCUAGACCUAAUGGCCUAGACUUCCUGUUGGCAUUUAAUGUGGGCCUUGAGGUGCAGGGGAGGCUGAUGCGCUUCUCCAGUGAAGCUCACAACAUUCCCAAGAGGUUCCACCCUCCUUCUGUGGUCGGCACCUUGGGCAGCGCUGCUGCUACAGCCAAGCUCCUCUCUCUGAACACAACCCAAUGUGGCCAUGCCUUAGCAAUCGCAGCCUCGCUGGCAGGGGCACCCAUGGCAAAUGCUGCAACCUUGGCCAAACCACUGCACAUUGGCAAUGCCACCCGCCUUGGGCUAGAGGCGACACUCUUAGCUGCUCACGGGAUGGAAGCCAACCUUUUAAUUCUGGAUGACGUCCCCGGCUGUGCUGGCUUCAGUGCUUUCUAUGGUGACUACCAGCCCAGACCGCUCACACUACCAGCAAACAGCCAUGCGUUUCUCCUGGAGAAGCAGGAUGUUGCAUUCAAGAGCUUCCCAGCCCAUCUGGGAAUGCACUGGGUGGUGGAGGCUGCCCUCUCAGCCAGGAACCUUCUAGUCAACCAUUCUGGCUCUCACUCCCCUUCUGCCAUCCACACCAUUGUUCUGAGGGUGCCGGAAUCCAAGUACAUCAACAGGCCCUUCCCUGAAUCUGAACAUGAGGCCAGGCACUCUUUCCAGUUCAAUGCCUGCCCAGCCCUCCUGGAUGGCAAACUGAGCAUUUGCUCCUUCAGCGAUGACAAUCUCCACCGGCACGAGCUCAUGCAGUUGCUCUCCAAGGUGAUGGUGGAACAUCCCAAGGACAACGUGGCCAACUUUGACAAGAUGUAUGCAGAGGUGGCACUGGUCCUGCAGAAUGGAGACAUCCUGACAGGCCGGUGUGACACUUUCUAUGGGCACUGGAGGAGACCCCUGAGCAGAGAAUCUCUCCUCAGGAAAUUUCAAACCAACGCUUCUCGAGUCCUUCCAAAAGACAACAUAGAUAACCUUGUGAAAACAGUAGACAACCUGGAGACUCUCCCAGACUGUUCUUUGUUGGUUUCCUGUCUCUGA